AAAUCGGAAAUUAAAGAUGAGGCAUGGCAUCAUAAUCGCAUAUGAUGUGGUCUUAGCUCUUGUUUCAAUUACUCUGUUCGUUCUUGGUAUUCUCUUCUUCAUCUUGUUUUGCAAGAGAAGACCAGUGGAUUCCGAAGAAAAUCUUCCAGUCAAGCGUUGUGCCGCUGCGUACCCCUUAAGUGAAGUCGAUACCGCCACCGACGGCUUCAAUAAUCGCCGAGUUAUCGGAAAAGGUCGACUUGGAAGAGUAUAUGUAGCUGUUACCACCACUGGGGAUGUAAUUGCUGUAAAAAGGAUUAAUUCUUGGUUGGUUUUGAGCAAUCCUGGUUUUGGGUUCUCAUCCAUAGUGAAGUCUCUUUCAUUAGCUCAUCAUCCUCAUGUUGUGUCCAUAAUUGGAUUCUCAGAAGCACCAGGAGAGAGAAUUUUGAUUAUGGAGUUUAUGGGUAUGAAAAGCUUGGAUUUCUACUUACACGAAAACUGUGGCGGCGCUCCGCUCUUAGAUUGGUGGCGCCGCUUCAGGAUUGCAGCCGGAGUUGCACGAGGAAUCGAGUACUUGCAUGAAGGGAUGGCACCCCAUGUGGUACAUGGAAGUGUGAAGCCUUCUAACAUCUUAUUUGAUAUGAAUUUUUGUCCUAGAGUUUGUGAUUAUGGAUUAUCUUUCUUGGCUUCCAAAGAAAGGGGAGGUCUUGUAGGGUAUGUAGAUGAUGAAUAUUGGAAAGAAGGAAGGGGAGUUUGUAAGGCAAGUGAUGUUUAUGGGUUUGGAGUAGUUUUAUUACAGCUUUUGAGUGGAAGGAGAUGUGAAGAAGGGUUAGUUGUUGAGUGGGCUUUGCCCUUGAUUAGGGCUAUGAGACUUGUUGAAGUUUUGGACCCUAGGCUUGUUCUUCCUUCUGAUAUGAAACCUCUUAUUAGAUUAGCUAAGGUUGCUUCUGCUUGUGUUGGUAAUAGUAGACAGAAUAGGCCCACCAUUGUUCAAGUUGCAACUAUUUUGAAUAGUUUGGAGAUGGAGUUGUUAAGUUAAU